UUUCUUAAGAAGAAACAAAUUAAACCCUCGACAAAGAUCUCACCGACGGAUUCGAUUCUCUCGUUCUCAGGCCAUCCUCAUCGCCGGAACGAUUUCUUAGAGAACAAUGGGCUUCUGGACAUUGUUAAAAGGCCUCCUGCUCUUUGCAAAUGCACUGGCAAUCCUCAACGAAGACCGUUUCCUUGUUCCAAGAGGAUGGACACUCGGAGAACUCCACCAAACCGGUAGAAGGAACUCUCCCAAAGGCCAAAUCAUCGGUCUAAUCCAUGCCUGCCAGUACAUGAGACUACCCCUCAUGCUCAUUAACACAGCAGUCAUCGUCUUGAAACUCAUCUCCGGUUGAAGAUUUUGUGUAGAUGAAGAUAAACUACACUGUAUUCUUAAAAUGAUCGUGAUUAGUUACAAAUCUAUUUUGUGUAGGAGUUGGAAUUUGUUUUGCCAUCUACUGCAAACGAGUAUCCCUUGCACUCAAGUUUGGUGUGAAUUCUACAACAUUCUUCUCACA